CAUGAAGUACCCUUAUCGACUCGGGUAGCCAUCAUCACCGCGCUGGAAAACCUGGAAAAACGUAUUUUGACAGCUCUUCAAAUUCAGAAUAAUAAUGAAUAGAUUUUAAAUGUAGAAUACAUUUGAAAUGUCAGAAAUAUUUUUAUCAAUUGUCUGUAUUCACUGCGAUGUUAUUUCUUUUAAUUUGUUUAAGUUCAUAAGCAAUUGAAUUCUCUUAAAGAUGGCCAUCCUGUAGUAGUCAGCUGAGAGGUCAUUGGAUCCAAUAUGGUUCCAGAAUCUUUGUGUUUGUUAGGUUAGUUAGAAGUGUCAAACUGAAUAACGCAAAAAUCUCUUUUCUCUACCGCAAUGGAAGAUUUGAAUGUUCCAAAUACCACUCAGGGAGGCACUUCGCCAAAAUCUGUGACAUAUAGUGUGUCUUUUUGCGACAACAUACCUACGGGAAAGAGCGAUUCUUCGAGACUUCUGGAUGGAGACGACGGAGUGGGAGUGGUUGAUGUUUCGGAAGUGCCUGCUUUAGUUGUGGGAUCUAAUUCACGGAGAGAACGCAGCGAGUGUAUAAAUGUGCCUGGAAGAAAUAAUGUGACACAAGAAUUAUAUUCUGCAAGUGUUCCUGAAGUUUCUACUAAUGACAAUUUCAGACAGGCGCAGGGCUAUGGCAGCCUGCCGUUCCCGUCGUCGGUGCCCGGGGACGGGCUGUCGCCGCCGAAGCGUGUCAUCUACUGCGUGCAUGGGAAUCUCACGGGCUGCUGCAUGGUGGCGGACGGCGAGCUGCUGGAGAAGGGCGGCGGCGGCGGUGGAGGUGGAGGCACCAUCCUGCCCGCCGGCGAAGACAAGGAGCCGCCCACAGUUAUCAGUGGAGAACAUUGCCACAGGAUCAGAGACGAAAAGGUUGACCAGCGUGCUCGAAGAAAACUAAUACUUGCCAGCGUAUUGUGUGUUUUAUUCAUGGUUGGAGAAAUAAUAGUUAUUAUUAUUAUUAUUAUUAUUAUUGUUGUAGCAACUGAUCGCAGCAACUUGAUCACACAACAGGUUUUGCCAGUUUCAUGAUUUCUCAUCUUUCUCACUUUGGGUAGCACACCUACCCGACGUAUGAGCUUUGGUUGGUACAGAGCAGAAGUUAUUGGAGCCCUUACAUCUGUCCUCAUGAUAUGGGUUGUGACAGGUGUAUUGGUCUAUCUUGCUAUUGAAAGAAUCGUGGAAAAAGAUUUUGAUAUAGAUGCUCGAAUAAUGCUUAUUACUUCAGCUCUUGGUGUUUUAGUUAACCUUGUCAUGGGUCUUACAUUACAUCAGCAUGGGCAUGGCCAUAGCCAUAGCCAUGGAGAAAAUUCGUCUAGUCAUUCAGAGUCUGCUGUUGAAUCAGCACACCAUCAUAGUGAUUCUCAAAAUAUAAAUGUUCGAGCAGCAUUUAUUCAUGUUGUGGGUGAUUUCAUUCAGAGUUUUGGAGUAUUUGUUGCUGCCUUGAUAAUAUAUUUUCAGCCUACAUGGAUAAUUGUUGAUCCAAUUUGCACCUUCUUAUUCUCAAUCCUGGUGAUCUUUACAACUUUUGCCAUCAUCAAAGACACCCUUGUUGUUCUUAUGGAAGGCAUUCCUAAAGGUAUAGAUUUUGCGGCUGUCAUGAAUACAUUCCUACAAAUUGAUGGAGUUAUAAAAGUUCAUAAUUUAAGAAUAUGGGCUUUGAGUCUUGACAAAACAGCCUUAGCUGCUCACCUGGCUAUUCGCCCUGGUGUCAGUCCACAGGAAGUACUUACUCUAGCGUCUCGAAAUAUUCAUGAUAGAUUCAAUUUUUUUGAAAUGACUCUUCAAAUAGAAGAAUUUGACCAAAACAUGGAAGACUGCACUCAAUGUAAAUGUCCUGAAAGCUAGUAAUAGUUGUUUGUUUUUUUAUUUCAGAAAUCUGAAGAUUCAAUUUUUUAUUGUGCUCAUUUAUGAGUACCCUAUAUAUGUAAAUAAACUCUAUUAAUAAGAAAAGAGAUGAAAUAGCUUUACAGGCACCUUGUAAAUACUGAGCUUUUAGUUUACUUGCCACCAUAACAUAGGGACUCAAGUACCUGUAUGUGAUCUUUUGUAAGUAAGUAGUUCAGAGUGGUGAAUCCUUUAUAUAUUUUGGUAAAAUGCAACCCUUUUUUCAUUGUAAAGUAAUCUAAAGUAAUAAGUAGAAAAGCAGUGCCUUAAUUUAAAAUUUUCUUGUGUAGUUGUAUAGUUGAAGUUGAUUUCUUUUUCUUAUAAUAAAAUAAAUGUGUAUCUUGAAAUAUGAUUAACCUAUUUUAUUUUAAAGCUGUAGUAUUCAUCAAUAAUUGUAGGAUAUAAAGUAAAUGGAAGAAGGAUAUAUAUCGUGGUGAUAUCUUUUAUAUUGUAAAAUUCAUUUUAAGAGAAAGAGAAGUUUUACAUUUCCUGAUAACCCUUCACAUUUGUGACUGACAAAUAUGAAAUAGAAUGUAUAAAUGAUUAUAUGCAAAUUUGUGAUAUCUUACUAUUCAUAAAUUAUCUUCAUUUGUAAAAUAUGCGUUGUAAUACUUUGGAAAUUUUGUAAUUUCAAAAUACAAACGAUCAUAUUCACAGGAAAAGUCCAUUUCAUUCUUAGGAUCCAUUAAAUUGGAAUCUUAAAACUUAAAUCACUUAUUUUGUAGUUAUAUCCUGAGAAUUGCAUUUCCAUACAACUGUAUACUGAAAUGUGAUUUCUAAUUUUUCUCCAAUAUUAUUAUGUAUACAAAUGCACAAGUGUACAUAGAGAUAGAGAGUACAUUCUUGUACACAUUGGUAUGCACAUCUUAAAAAAAGGAAAGGGAUCAACUACAUUUCUGUGCCCUGUUUUUCGUUAAACAUUUUUAUUUGCAUGUGACAUAUUUAAUCUAUAUAUAUGGCAUAGUAAAUAAAUAAAACAAACUACAAGGAGAUCAAAGUUG